AUGGUCGCUUUCACAUCCAUCGCUCUUGCAGCCACCACUCUGCUGGGCUUCACCGCCGCAGCACCAGCCAACCAGGUCCGCUCCACCGGAGUCAUCCACCGGAUCUUCGCCGGCUCCACUACCGCCAACGGUGGCCUUCACUUCGAACCAGAGAAUGUCGUUGCCGAGAUCGGCGACCUCGUUGAAUUCCACUUCCUCCCCAAGAACCACACGGUCGUGCAAUCGUCCUUUGACAAGCCCUGCGAGCCCCUAGCAAACGACAAAGCCGUCUUCUCGGGCUUCAACUUCGCGACCAUGGCGGGUGAAUCAAAGGACGUCUUUACCUUCCAAGUCUCGUCCAAGGAUCCGUUCUGGUACUACUGCUCGCAAACCGCUGGUGACCAUUGUCAGAAAGGCAUGAGUGGUGUCAUCAACCAGAACUUCGACGGCGACAAGACUCUUGCGAACUACAAGCUUAACAGCAAGAAUGCGGUUACCAAGCAGCCCAGCGAGGACCUUCUUAAGAGCCAGAACGGCUGGAUUCAGCCCAACAUGCCAUUGUAA